CUUCUUUGUGUUCCCAAACACAUCCCUUCACAAGUAUAGUAACUGCUCAAAAUAAAAUGAAUUUGAACUUGAAGACUGGAAGUACAAGUUCUUCUAUCACAAUGUCAUCUUCUAUUCACAUUUUUUUGCUAGCUCUCAUUUUUGUUGCUUUAGCCCCACAAAAAUCAGAUGGACAAUUUGAGGAAUGGUGCAUAGCAGAUGAGCAAACCCCAGAGGCAGAGUUGCAAAUAGCACUUGAUUGGGCAUGUGGAAAGGGAGGUGCAGAUUGCAGAAUGAUUCAAGAAAACCAACCAUGUUACUUCCCAAACACAGUGAAAGAUCAUGCCUCUUUUGCCUUCAAUAGCUAUUAUCAGAAGUUCAAGCAUAAAGGUGCUACUUGUUACUUCAGUUCUGCUGCUAUCAUCACUGACCUUGAUCCAAGUCAUCAUUCUUGCAAAUUUGAGUAUCUUCCCUAAGCGGAAAGGUUCAACUGAAGAUUUUUGUUUCUGCAUCUACUUUGUAAUUUCACUUUGUUAGUUAUGAGAAGAAGCUCUCAGAAUUAGUUUGGCUAAGUUUGGUACACUUAUUUGUUGUAUUGAACUUUAUAUAUAUAUAUAUAAUUGCAUUAUUAUGAGAACAGGGUGAAAAAUUA